UUUUAACAAUUAUUUGUUCCCCUUACCUGUAAUUAUUGGAGAUUUAUGCCAACCAUAAAUUAUCUUUGUUAAGUAAAAAAAAAUUACAAAAAGAAAAAAAAAAAAAAACCAAAAUUUUAUCCCAAAAACAAAUUAAUCCUCAAUCUUUAAUUUUAUCAAAUUAAACCCCAUAAUUUUAAUUAGGCUUCAAUUUAACCCAUCUGUCCAAGUCCAAUUAUCACACUAACGGCAAAAAAAUUGUGCAAUAUACGUGACAUUUUUUCAUUGGCUCUUUAAACCUGAUGGAAAAUUCAACUUUCAACUCACUUGCACCAAAUUAUAAGUACCAUAUGAUUUAAUCUUAACCACUUAUCUGAACUUUACUAUGCCCUUCACCAUAUUCAAUCAAUUCACCAUUCCUUUUCUUUUAGUCUAUUUUCCAUUCCCCUUCCCCUCGCCUCUACUUCUACCUCCGCCACCGCCACCGCCACCGCCACCAAGCCAAGCUCCAACCAGAAAAGGAGCUAUGUCAGCCACUAGAUGUUCCCUCACCUAUCCUUCCCCAAUUCACUCCUCUUUAUACGCCAACUACAGACCUAAAGUUAUCUGUAGAAGAGAAACUAUCACCAAGCAAUUUCCCAAUCCACUCACCAUCGCAAACGCUGAUGGAGGCAGAAGCAACGGUGGCCCCACCACUAAGUCGAGUCCUUCGGCCCAUUUUCUCAGCUCCGACAAUGCCACUGUGUCUUUUAUCAGCAAGGAUAGUGUCCCUAUUGAGGGGGUCACUCGAUUUGAGAAAUCCAAUUUUUCUUUGCUUUUCAACAAAUGGGGGACCUUUUCACGAGGAGGACGAUUGGCAGUGGCAGUGGCAGUGGCAGAGCAGAGAAUGGUCUCUACAUCUUGGAUAAGGCAGAUCACAUGGCUCAUCCUACCAUCCAAUCUUCAAUCACCAAGGACGACAUUUGGCUUUGGAACCAGCAUCUAGGACAUCCACUUUUUUUAUUACUUAAGCAUUUAUUUUCUUCUUUUUUUAGAAGAACAAUAAUGUUUUUAAGUUUAACUGUGAGUUGGGUCAACUUGGCAAACAACACCGAGCUUCUUUUGCUCCAAGUAUUAAUAAAAGUUUUGUUCAUUUUUCAUGGAUUCAUUAUGAUGUUUGGGGUUCCUUCUCGUGUUGUUUCAUUAAAAGACCAUAGAUGGUUUGUCACCUUCAUCGAUGAUUUUUCUCACACUACUUGGAUGUAUUUACUAAAAGAAAAUAGUGAGAUUUUCUCUGUGUUUCAAACCUUUCAUUUGAUGAUUCGCACUCAAUUUGGGGCUGUUGUACAAAUUCUGUGUUAUGGCAUUAUUCAUUAGACUUCUUGCACCAACACCUCUCAGCAAAAUGGGAUUGCGGAAUGCAAGAAUCAUCAUCUUCUUGAUAUCGCUCGCUGCAUGACUUUCUCUAUGCACAUGCCUCGGUCUUACUAGGGUGAAGCUGUCCUUACCACUGCCUAUCUUAUCAAUCGCCUCCCCUACUCAAGUGUUGCACAAGCAAACCCCUCUUCGGGUAUUCUUAGGCUCUCAACCCGUGUCUUCUAUUCCCCUCAAAGUUUUUGGAUGUGUCUGCUUUGUUCACAAUCAUUUUCCUACUCGUGGUAAACUGGGUCCUUGUUCUCUUAAAUAUGUCUUUCUUGUGUACUCACCUACUCAAAAGGGAUAUAAGUGUUAUUAUUUUCCUUCACAUAAGUGGUUUGUAUUCAUGGAUGUCACAUUCUUUAAGUCCUAGUCCUACUUCUUAUCCUGUCUGGUUUCCCAGUCAUCCAUUCAGGGGAGAGCCUUGGUGUGAAAAGAUUCUUGGCAUAGGACCUAUUUCUGAACCUUUACCAGUUGUUGAGGAUAUAGCGUAUGAACCACAAUGUGAACCAGCUAUUGGGAAUACAUAAGCUAAUACACUCAAGGAGUAAGGAAAAGUUUAUGUCAGGGACAAAGAAAGACAGAAGGUUACUUGGAUCCAAGAGACCACUUCUCUUGAUCUUCCACUGCCGUCACCUUCAACUGAUGAGAGUCUAGGUAACUCUGAUAACCCUGAAUACACAGAUCUUGAUAUUCCUAUUGUCCACCGGAAGGGUGUGAGGUCUUGUACUCAAUAUCCUAUCUCUAAAUUUUUAUCCUAUUCUAAUUUGUCUCCCUCAUAUAGAGCUUCCGUGUCAAAAAUUUCCUCUAUUAGUAUACCUGAUCAUUUCAGGAUGCUCUUACCACCCCUGAGUGGAAACGUGCCAUGAUUGAAGAGAUGAAAGCACUUCAUAAGAAUGGCACUUGGGAAUUGACAGAGUUACCUAAGGACAAACGAAUUGUGGGAUGCAAGUGGGUGUAUACUGUGAAGCACAAGACAGAUGGUUCGAUUGAGCACUUUAAGGCUUGCCUUGUGGCAAAAAGCUUUACUCAGACUUAUGGAGUAGACUAUCAAGAGACAUUUGCACCAGUUGCUAAGAUGAAUUCAGUCAGGGUAAUCCUCUCUCUGGCAGCUAAUCUGGAUUGGCCACUUCACCAAUUUGAUGUAAAGAAUGCUUUCUUACAUGGUGAUCUAGAAGAAGUGUAUAUGGGCAUUCCUCAUGGCUUUGAAGAUCUUAAAACAAAGGGUAAGGUGUGCAGGCUUCAAAAAUCAUUAUAUGGUCUCAAACAGUCCCAAAGGGCUUGAUGUGAGAGAUUUACUCAAGCAAUACUUAGAUAUGGAUUCAAACAAGGUCAAACUAAUCACACUUUGUUUGUUAAACAUUCAUUAUAUGGUAAGACUAUAGCUCUCAUUGUAUAUGUAGAUAACAUAGUACUUACAAGAGAUGAUGCUGAAGAAAUUCUUCGGUUGAAGGAAUAUUUGGCAAGCGAGUUUGAAAUCAAAGACUUGGGAAACUUAAAGUAUUUCCUAGGUAUUGAGGUUGCCCAGUCCAAGGAUGGAAUCUUCAUUUGUCAAAGGAAAUAUGUGCUUGAUCUAUUAAAAGAAAUCGGGAUGCUUGGCAGUAAAGCUUGUGACACACAGCUAGAGCCAAACCAAAAACUUGGUGAUGACAGUGGAGGAGUUCUUGUUGACAGGGGAAUUAUCAAAGACUAGUGGAUAAACUCAUUUACCUAUCUCAUUCACGUCCGGACAUUGCUGUUGCGGUUAGUGUGGUUAGUCAGUUCAUGCACACUCCUCAUGAGGGACACCUAGCUGCAGUUAUACGGAUUCUUAGAUACCUAAAAUUUUCGCCUGGAAAGGGCUUUUAUUUCUCCAAACAUGAUCAUCUUAGUGUGGAAGUUUAUAUAGACGCUGAUUGGGCAAGAUUGGUAAUUGAUAGAAGGUCCACAUCAGGAUAUUGUACCUUUGUUGGGCGAAAUUUGGUUACUUGGAGAAGUAAGAAGCAGAAUGGGGUAGCUAGAUCUAGUGCAGAGGUGGAGUUAGAGCCAUGUCACAAGGUGUGUGUGAACUUUUGUGGAUCAAGUUACUAUUGAGUAAUCUGGGAAUUGAACAGACAGACUCUAUGCGCCUAUACUGUGACAAUAAGACUGCUAUUAACAUAGCUCACAAUCUAGUUCAACAUGACCAAACAAAACAUGUUGAAAUUGAUUGUCGCUUCAUCAAGGAGAAACUCACUAGUGACACUAUAUGUACCACUUUGUAAAGUCUGGAGAACAAUUGGCAGAUAUUCUCACCAAGGGAGUUGCAAGUAAACCGUUCUAUGAUAUUUUUAGCAAGCUGGGCGUGAGAGAUAUUUUUGCACCAGCUUGAGAGGCAGUGUUAGAAUAAUAUCUUUGUCUAUGUGAUUGUGAUUCUACUUAGCUGUCAUUAUUUGUAGUUUCCUUUUGUGCCUUGAGGCUUCUAUUGUACGCUUCAUAUUAUUAAUAUAUAAAGAAGUGAUAGUCUCAUCAUUCCUUAAGUUUGAUUUCUCCUCAAAUAAACACUAACAUUACGGAUACAUGGAGGGGUUACCCUUUGCUACGUAGGCCUAUCGUGUAGGAUGAAAAGAGGAGAAGGAGGAGGUGGCAAACAAUAUAGAGAAAGAU